GUACGCACUGCUAGCAUUCGCAUGUUUAAUUCCAAUCUCGUGAGUCGCGGUUUUCAGUGUUCCUCCCGGUUAUUUUCUAUUAAAAAAUGAUCAAACUAUUGAUCGUUCUUUCGCUGUUCGGUUUAGUAGCAUGCUACGACUUCAAGGACCCGUUUUAUAAUGAACUUCUGCUGGAUGAGCUUGUGGAUAAUGACCUGGUGACAAAUGAUCGGAUUAAACGAGCCGCAUCCGAAACUACCGAGGAUAAGUGCAAACGCCAGCGACACAGGUGUUGCAAUGAUGCCAACGGUGAAAAUUGGGAUAAAAUUAAGGAUUUAAAGAAGCAGUGCUACGCGGAAGUCAGGUCGAAAGAUCGCACAGAACGAGGCAUGGCGGACCCGAUUGACAUGUUCAACUGCGAAAAAUUGAACCGCACCAAACAGGAAAUGAUUUGCGCGACGGAAUGUAUUGGCAGAAAGAAGAACGUACUGGACGCGAAGGGCAACCUCCUGGAACCAUCAGUUUUGAUUUCGUUUGUUAAGGAACAUUUCGCGUCCGAUCCAUGGCAGGAGCCACUGCUCGCGGACAUCGUCGACAGCUGUGCCGAGGAAGUUGCAGAAAAAAAGUUGAAAAAUGCCGCCGAGGAAACACGCUGUAAUCCGUCAGCAUCCUACUUCAAAUACUGUAUGUGGCGUCAAAUGACAUUGGCAUGUCCGAAGGAGAUGCAGGAAUCGUCCAAAAAGUGCGACCGAUUACGUGAAAAGUUGGCCAAUAAUGAACCCGUUCUCAUGGACCCCAAACCGGAUUUCGAUGAUAUCUAAGUAAACUGAAUGCUGUGAUUUGUGAUAGUGAAUUAAUUUUUAUCAAAGUUUUCCGCCAUGCACUCUAUAAUGUUCCGAUGCACUUGAAAAAUAAACAGAAUAAAAUGUUUCUUAAAAAUAUUA